AUGGCUUCCUGGGAUCCUUGUGGUGCUUUCCUUGGGCGGCCACGUUUCCUCCCUAUAGAUGACGCUUUCGAUCCGGUUUUCCCCCCUUUGGUCUUGCGCUCCUUUAUUGCUACGCUCGUUGUUGUCUUCGUUAUACUGUUAUUCGGCCCUCCGUUACUAGGGCCUGUUUCCUUAUCGUCCUGCAGUAUAGGGCCGCUACCCCCGGAGCUGCCUCCACUUAAGUCUAUUGACUCCUAUGGUGUUCCCCACGAACUGGUGGAGGAGACCUCGAGAUGGCUUAGUGGCAUUUUCACGCUAAAGUAUGCCGGCACAGGAUGGUAUCUACCUCUCUGCUUAGCUGACUGGUUGACGUGUUCUACCUCUACCUUUCUUAUCUCGCAGUCUUGGCUCCACGUAGUAUAUACGCCCUUGUAG